AUUUUGGAGGCUGAGAACUUAUACAAAUACAUAUGUAGGACUUUAAUAUCAUCUCAGCUUCGACAGCAGUUUGUCUCAAUUAAUUAAUUUACGUGUCACAUGGGUACUUUUAAUGGAAUCAUUUAGUGCAAAAAGUUCUUCACAAUAAAAUUGAAUGAAUGACUCAUUAAAGUUUAUUGAUUAUGAUGAUAUUUGUGCUAGGGGUAUAUUUGGCAGUGGAUUUUAAUUAUCCAAACAAUCUAUAAUUAGAAUAAAUAUUAUUAAUGAAGAUCGAAGGUGGUAAAUUAAUUAGUCAGUCAGUAAUCUUGCGCGUGCCUAACUACCACUUUAAUCCUAUUCGGGAUUAGUGUAUGCACGAAGUCGAACAAAAAGGAUUUAACUGAAUAAGCGUUGUCAUAAGUUUUAUUUAAAUUUCGUUGAACGUCCCAAUAAAUUCCUUGGUUGUGUAAGUUUUUAUACCGGGUUAUUUUAGCAGUAUUGUAAUCAAUAAGGCCUUUCUUCCAAUGCAUGUGGACAGCCGAUUAAUACUGGGAUCUUUUCCAUGUCGAAAUGUACUUAUCGGGCUGAACGAACCCCUUUGUGAAAGGUUGCGUCCAACAGUGAGGCGUAAACAAUGCGCAUAUAAAUAAAAAAAUUAAAAUUUAAACCCCGUCGACAGAUAUUAUAAUAAGUUUAAAGAAACAAGUCAAGGCGUGAAGCAAACUUAAUAACUUGAUACCCCCAAUGACAAAACGUAGCGCGACCUUUAUGCAUUCCUACCAACAAGUGGUUUUGUGAUACAAACAAUCGUAUUUAGAAGUCGAUCUUGCGUUAUCAACUGAUUCUCGUGUGGCGAUCUAGACGGGACAUUUUUACCAAUCUACGGUAGUGUUGUGACUUUUUACGGCAAAACACUAGGAGAGAAAGAACUAGCAGAUGUCAUAAUUUACGGAAAGUUUCCCGUUUUAUAACUUUUUAAAAGACUUCUGAACAAUUUUAUGAAAUGAUGGAGUUGGAGUGAGUAGAAGACGACAGGAUGACGGACACAGGGGACCAGUCGUUUAUCAGGGUCAAGUACGGGGAUAAUCAAGAGGCCAUUUUCAACCCAUGGUGCUCUAGUUACACAUUGCUUGAAUGGAUCAGAAAAAAGUGCAAUUGUGAUAGUGAUAUACUUAUUGAUUUGGUGGACAUGGAUGGUCAAGUAAAGAAUUUGUCUGCACGAACCAAAGAAUACGCAAGUGAAGUUGUUAACGGCAGGGAAACAUAUGUAUUAAUACGCGUAGAAAAGAUUGGUGAUGGAAAAUACAACUAUACCUCGCUCCUGAAUAAUCUUGGGGAUGUCAACCCAGACCUAUUCGGAAAAUUAAGUGUAAUGUCGAGACCACAAACCAGGGUAAAAGGAAAGAAAAACAACAAACCUCUAAAGAUACCAAAGAGUACCCGCAACGAGUCCGCUACCAAAAGACCAAAAAGUAGUGAAAAGAAAAAAUAAACUACGGCGGAGCGUACAGAGACGGGAAAAUCAUUAAGAAACAUUGAUCAAAAUCCAACAUUAAGGAGGCACUCUCUUUGUAGACAAUGAUGAAGACCAUCUUUAAGAUGUAAAUGUUAAUAGGAAUAGGGUACAUUAUGUAUUAUCAUUAUUUUUUACUUUCCAUGUCUAUACAUUUGCACAAUUUGUAUAUGUAUUUUAUCCUGGUAUAUUGGGUAAUUAUUGGCAAAUUAUUGGGAAAAUGCAUUUCCAUUAAUUGUUUUUAUUAGAGAUACAGGGUUUGGUAUGUAUUAAAACAUAUUCAUUGUUUAAUAGCCAAAUGAUUUCUGAAUUUCAGUUAUUUUACAAAUACUUGUUGUUUAAGACCUAUUUUUAUGUGUUAUAGAAUGUGUUAUAGAAAUAAAGA